AUGUACCAUCCCCAAAACCCGUACCAGCCACUACUUAGAACGGAAAAUAUAGAUCCACUUAUCAGCACUGUUGAUCAAUUAAACUCAGAGAUUGAAAACAACGAAACAGCCCUUUUUGAAUUGUGCAAGAUCCUCGAUUGUGGUGGUUUCCAUUUUCCCAAAACGGUUUCCGACCUGAACGAUGAGUCGAAUCGGAAGAGCACUGCCGACAAUGAUGCAUUGUUUUACCUCAUUGAGCAAAAAUACAAUCUACCGCAUUCAGUAAGCAAGUCGAGAGAAGGUAGGUUACAGAACUUGCGUGAUCAGGUCAAACUCAUGGCCAUGCUUCGUGAAUCUAAACUCGAAAAGAAUAAGAAAUUGCUUCAGUUACUCCAUGAUUAUGAAGACGACAUUGUGCUCCGUGUUCUUCCCGAACUACGGAAAAAACUUGAUUGUGCCGAACGGGAAGAUGUAGAGCAAAGACAAGUGGACCAAAAGUUCCAGCGAGAGGCGAAAUUAUUCCGUAAGUAUGUUGAUAAAAUCCAAGAGUUGGACCAACUUUAUGCAAAAGUCAAUAAAUUGGUCACAGUAUUGGAUGUGGCCGAAAUGGCCAACGGGGAAGGGACUAAGGAAUAG